UCAGUUCAGUAUAUUAUAUUACAAUCUGUGAUUACGAAUCGUCACGACCGCAGUGAAAAAUAUUUUGAGAAUAGCUAAAACAAACUAUUCGUUUAAUAUUUAGUGCAGUGUUGGUUGUUGGAGUGUUUAUAUUCGUUUCGUGGUGAAAUAUAUUCAAAUCUCAUACGGUCUUCAGAAUAAAAAGAAAAUCGAUGAGAUUGUGUGUCGUUCAUUAGAUGAGACAAUAUGUGGAGUGUUGAUUACGAAUGACGUCUGAUUGGAAACAAAAGGCCAACGUAGUUAGAAUACAGUUUUAAAAAUCCCUAACCAGUAUGGGUUCAACGGAGACGAUUAACGUGACUGCGCAGCCGAUUGCUGCGGCUGUGCACGAGAUGUUCAAGCCUCUGCAACAGCCAGUUUUCCUGCAGACCACGUCAGCGAAGGUCAUCACCGGCAUCUGCGUUUGGACUGCGCUAUUCAUCACUUGCCAACAGAUUUACCAACACUUGCGCUGGUAUACGAAUCCGUCGGAGCAGCGUUGGAUUGUGCGCAUUCUAUUCAUCGUACCGAUCUAUGGCUGCUACAGCUGGAUCUCGCUGCUCUUCUUCAACGGAGACUCUUAUUAUGUCUAUUUCUUUACCGUCAGAGAUUGCUAUGAAGCGUUCGUGAUCUAUAGCUUCCUAUCGCUGUGCUACGAGUACCUAGGUGGUGAGGGCAACAUAAUGUCAGAGCUGCGCGGGCGGCCGGUGCGCGCCUCGUGCGUCAACGGCACCUGCUGUCUUAGCGGUGCCACCUACACCAUAGGCUUCCUGCGCUUCUGCAAGCAGGCCACGCUACAGUUCUGUCUCAUCAAGCCGCUCUGCGCAUUCAUCAUUAUAUUCUUACAGUCGGCGGGGCACUACCACGAUGGUGACUGGAGCCCCAACGGCGGCUACUUGUACAUCACGAUCGUGUACAACUUCUCUGUCAGCCUCGCGCUGUACAGCCUCUUCCUCUUCCUCGGCGCCACCAGGGAGAUGCUCAAACCAUUCGAUCCUGUACUCAAGUUCUUCACCGUCAAGUCUGUCAUCUUUCUGUCUUUCUGGCAAGGCGUGGGUCUCGCCAUCCUGGAGAAGGCGGAGGUGAUCUCCCCGCUGGUGGACGCGAGCGGUGUGCCGACGACGGCGGGCACAGUGUCUGCGGGCUACCAGAACUUCCUCAUCUGCAUCGAGAUGCUGGCGGCGGCCGUGGCGCUGCGCUACGCCUUCCCCGCCGCAGUGUACGCCCCGCACAGAGACCCGCACCGCUCCGUCACCAUGCAGUCCAUAUCCUCCAGCCUCAAGGAGACAAUGAACCCGAAGGACAUUAUGACAGACGCUUUUCAUAAUUUCCACCCGCAAUACCAGCAGUACACGCAAUACAGUUCUGUGAUGCGCAGCGCGGGUGUAGGCAAGCGGUGCGGGGAGGAGGGCGCGGCGCUGGCGCCCCGGCCGCCGCAGCGCGUAGCCACCAUCAGCCACGCCAACCACGAGAAGACCACACUCCUCAGCUCCGAUGACGAGUUCCAGUGAACACACAAUUUAAAAUCAUAUUAAUCGUUUAAUGGUAACCUAAACAGUCGCUCAGUGUGGAUUUUACUUACUA